UUCCUACAGUCCCACUCCCAGACAGAAGGAAGCGCUCCUCGUUUCGGAGAAGCUGCGUUUUUUUGUUGCAGCAAACAGCCGCUCUCCUCAUGGAUAAGAGAUCGAACGCUCUUGUUCGUGGCUGGAGAUUUUUAUUCAGUGGACUGCAGUGACCAAACCCCCCUCUCAAAUCCUGCAGGUUUAAACCUCUGCAUGAAUCUGAGAAGAACGUGGAACGUGAAUAUUUGAAGUGGGGACAACAGGACGAGGGACUUGCACAAAGGAAAUUGUGUAUUCCACUAAACAAGGAAGGGAAACAAGACGCUGGGGAAAAGAUUGGUUAAAAAAAAAAAGUUUCUGGACUUGAACAAAAAAAAAUGUCGGUUUUGUGCAAGUUUGCUGGAACCGGAAAGGGUAUGAUGGAGUUUUCUGCCAUGUGAAGUUGAAUAGAAUCCAGAAACGGCGAUUUAAACUCCAAAAACUUUCUUUAAAAACAAAAUCUGCCCUUUGGUAAACUUCUUAUUGCUUAAAAAUUCUCCUUUGUUUCAAUCGAGAAAGGGAUUUGCCCUGGACAAGAUCUACAAACCCUGAGGAUUCCAUGCUGCUCAUAAAGAUUUAAAUAUUUGCUAAAACAGAAGGCAGAGAAUACAUUGGAUGACUUGCUGUUCCUGGUCCCGUUUACUCGCGAAUCACUCGAUCACUGAAGGGAAAGAAGAAUUACCGAAAUACUGCAAUUUCAGGGGCCCUCCUCGCCUUCACCCUGUGGUCUGAUCGAUUUCUGGAUGAUAUCAACCUCGUUUAGAAGAAAAAAACGACAUUGAUUUCAACACAUCUGUGCUUCCCUAAAAUAACAUUUUUUGUUGAAAAACACCGAAAGCUUUCGUUAUUGUGUGUUUGUCGACAACGCCUGUCCUUUCAAGCAAAACCUUCCAUAUAAAUACCGAUCUAGAUUUGUGUAGCCGCAUUGGGUGGACUGUAAUGGAAUUCGCCUGGUGUGGGAUUGCAACAUGCUGAGCUUUGAUACAAAGACGCGCAGCCAUACAUUCUCCACGCACUCCUCUCUCUAUCUUUUCCUGCUCCUUGCACCAUAUGAAAGCCUUUGAAUUAUUUUCCAGCCUACACAUUAAUCCCCCUCGCCCCCUCCUUGUUUGAAAGACCUUGCGGACUGUACUCUGGAGAUUUGGUGCAGUCAGUGUCUCUCUCUCUCUCUCCCGCUUCCUAUUUAUACAUGCAUGAUAUCCUCCUUUCCUCCCCACCGCCAGUUUCCGUCUCGAUUGUGUGUGUCUAUUGCGUGGUUUCGAUCUCCACCCAAACGUCUUCGUGCUUAUGGAUUGACCGAAAGAGGGGAGGACAUCGCCUGCAAGAAGAUUAGCAUCUGGCGACUGCGUUUCCAAUUCCUUCUGGCGGAAGAUUAACACAUUUCUACACGAACAGUCAUGACAUCGCCUGCUAAAUUCAAGAAGGACAAGGAAAUUAUUACCGAGUACGAAACCCAAGUCAAGGAAAUCCGAGCCCAGCUUCUGGAACAACUGAAAUGCUUGGACCAACAGUCAGAGUCCAGGGUCCAGCUGCUUCAGGACCUGCAAGACUUCUUCCGGAAAAAAUCAGAGAUCGAGAUGGAUUACUCAAGGAACCUGGAGAAGUUAGCUGAGCGAUUUGUGACCAAAACUAGGAGCACAAAGGAACACCUGCAAUUCAAGAAGGACCAGAACAUCUUGUCUCCUGUGAACUGCUGGUAUUUACUGCUAAACCAGGUGAGGAGAGAGAGCAAGGACCACACUACACUGAGCGAUAUCUACUUGACCAACAUCAUCCCGCGCUUUUCUCAAAUCAGUGAUGACUCUGUCCGUCUCUUCAAAAAGAGUAAAGAGGUUGGUGUUCAACUCCACGAAGACCUGAUGAAGGUCCUGAAUGAACUCUACACUGUCAUGAAGACGUAUCACAUGGACAAUGCCGACAGCAUUAGUGCAGAGGGCAAACUGAAAGAGGCAGAGAAACAGGAAGAGAAACACAUUGGCCGCUGUGUCAAGCAGGAGGACCGCCACAUCGGCCGCUCGCCAGACCCAGGGGCCAACAUCCGAUUCGAGGAGAAGCACCAGAGACGUAGCUCGGUCCGAAAGAUUGAGAAGAUGAAGGAGAAGCGUCAGGCAAAAUACACUGAAAAUAAACUCAAAGCAAUCAAGGCACGAAAUGAAUACAUCCUGGUAAUGGAAGCUACCAACAGCUCUGUCUUUAAGUACUACAUCCAUGAUCUGUCUGAUCUACUUGAUUGUUGUGACCUUGGGUACCAUGCCAGUGUGAACCGAGCAAUGAGGACAUUUCUUUCAGCUGAGAUUAAUGUCGAGCAAUCCAAGCACGAGGGGCUGGAGAUCAUUGAAAAUGCCAUCGACAGCCUCGAUGCCACCAACGACAAACAGCGCCUUAUGGAAUUGUACCACACCGUCUUCUGCUUGCCACCAAAGUUUGACUUUCAACCGCACAUGGGUGAUGGGGUUUCUCACCUGUGUGCUCAGCAGCCAGUGCAUGGAGAAUUGGUACUGCGGUGCCAGAAACUCCAGUCCAGACUGGCAACUCUGAAGAUUGAGAAUGAGGAGGUGAAGAAGACCAUGGAAGCCACACUGCAAACAAUUCAGGAUAUUGUCACCAUUGAGGAUUUUGACGUGGCCGACUGCUUCCAGUACACCAACUCCACUGAGUCCGUCAAGUCCACCCUUUCAGAAACGUUCAUGAGCAAGCCCAGCAUCGCCAAGAGACGAGCUAAUCAACAAGAGACAGAGCAGUUCCUCUUCACGAAGCUGAAAGAGUAUUUUGAAGGCAGAAACCUGAUCACCAAACUGCAAGCAAAACUUGACCUUCUGCAAAGGACUCUGGGCGAAAGCCAGAGGGCAGGCUAUUCCAUUGCCAGUGGCCAUCAGAACUCCAGUGUGAAAAAACAGGGUGGAAGCCACGUCAUUCCUCUGGUGGUGGAGAGUUGCAUCCGUUUUAUCAGCAGGCACGGGCUGGAGCAUGAGGGAAUUUUCCGUGUAUCAGGAUCACAAAUUGAAGUUAUUGACAUCAAAAAAGCCUUUGAAAGAGGUGAGGACCCUUUAGCAGGAGAUCAGAACGACCAUGACAUGGACUCGAUAGCAGGAGUGCUGAAACUAUAUUUCAGAGGCCUGAACAGCCCACUCUUCCCCAAAGAAAUUUUUCAUGACUUAAUGUCCUGUGUCACUAUUGAAAACGUUGAUGAGAAAGCUCUUCAAAUCCGCAAAGUCCUUGUGACUUUACCAAAGCCCACCAUCAUCCUAAUGCGCUACCUCUUUGGUUUCCUCAGUCACUUGUCUCAGUUCAGUGAGGAAAACAUGAUGGACCCGUACAACCUGGCUACCUGCUUUGGACCCACACUAAUGUCCGUGCCUGAAGGCCAUGAUCAGGUGUCCUGCCAGUCUCAUGUAAAUGAACUCAUGAAGUCCAUCAUUCUUCACCAUGACGCUAUCUUCCCAGGACAGAAGGAGCUGGAUGGGCCUGUGUACAACAAGGGGUUGACAGCGGAAGAUUACUGUGAGAGCCCUCACGGGGACCCUGCAUCUGCUGAAGAUGUCGUGCAGGAUGUUGGAACAGAAACACACACCAGCGAAGAUGAAGGUGAGCCAAUAGAAGCCAUUGCAAAGUUUGAUUACACUGGACGCACAGCCCGGGAGCUCUCCUUUAAGAAAGGCGCAAGUCUGCUGCUCUAUCACAGAGCUUCGGAGGAUUGGUGGGAAGGCCGACAUAAUGGAAUAGAUGGACUCGUCCCACAUCAGUACAUUGUGGUCCAAGACACUGACGAUACAUUCUCUGAUCGGCUGAGUCCAAAAGGAGACAUUGAGCCCAGCAAUGCACCACCCCCGGAUGAGAGACCCCUGUCCAAGACCAGCAUCAGUUCACCAACAGGACACGUGGCAGACAUUUACUUAGCAAACCUUAGCAGGCAGAAGAAGAAGCAGGAGUCUGGGAGUGUCCGGAGGUCCUUCCGAACCGCCGACGGGUACAGCCUCACCGGACACGGGCUGGCCUCCCCGCCCGCAGACGGUGCGCCCCAAGGCUCUGCCAGCCCCAAGAGCUCUCCGCAAGUGGCCCAAAGCACUGCCAGGGAAACGCCGGACAAACGACCGGUGGUGAUGCACAGCAGCCUGAACUCCAUCACCCGCCGGCCCUCGGCAAACAGAGCCGACAGCCCGCAGAUCCGUAAAGUGGUCGCUGCGGGAAGGUCCAAAAGCUUCAGUAACCACAAGCCACUGGACCCGGAAUCCAUUGCACAGGAUAUUGAGGCAACGAUGAAUUCGGCCCUUAAUGAGUUGCGUGAAUUGGAGCGUCAGAGCACAGUGAAGCACGCCCCGGAUGUGGUCCUAGAUACCUUGGAAACCAUGAAGGCAUCUCCAUCAAUGGGUCCCACAUCCGAACCUUCCAGCCCGCUCCAUUCCCGGAUUUUGAAGGACUCCGAAUCUUCUCUCGAGCGGAGUGCCAGCUCAUCGGGGGACAUGCCAUGCACCUUCAGGCCUGUGAAAUCCGUGAAGAUAGCGGCUCAGGUGAAGCCUCCUGCACUGAGGCCUAAACCAUUGGUUUUUCCAAAGACCAAUCCAGCUAGUCCCAGCCUUGGAUCACCAACGACACAGCAAGCCACCGACAAGUCGUGCACUGUGUGAGACCCUCUUUAUAGGCUCAGCAUGAAAAAGUGAGUGCCAUAUGAAUAUUUGCAAGAGAAGAGAAGCAACGACAAUGACGCAUUCCACCAUGGUUCAACCCAAGAAACGGUCUUGCUUUGAAGCAGGAGAUUGGCCCAGUUCUGCACGCGAAUGCUUAUCGUCUUAUCUCCUGAUUCAUUUUAUAUCUUCCUUUAAAAUCACAUCAAACCAGCGUCAGACUGCCUUUUCGGUCUUUGGAAAUUAAUAUAAUGCACACAAUAAUGCAUAUAAUUCAGCCCUUGCAAGCCAAAUAGAUUUAUGCAUUGAUGUAUUCUCCGUCUGUCUUCCCACUUUCUCUCAAAAAUCCUUGGCUUCCUACACCUCUUCUGGCUUUCCCAGCACAUUUAAUGGUUAUUCCGUGUCAUCUGCAUUUGGUUAUUGAAGGAGAAACAGCAAUCAGAUCGUUU